AUGGCCGCGGCCCCCGCGCCGCCCCGCGCCGCCGCCCCGCGCCCGCCCGCCGCCCCGCAGCGCCGCAAGCGCACGUGGUUCCGGCCCGAGCAGCUGCAGCUGCUGGAGCUCGUGUUCCGCCAGACCCGGUACCCCGACAUCCGCCUGCGCGAGCGCCUGGCCGCGCUCACCGCGCUCCCCGAGGCCAGGAUCCAGGUGCCGCCUCCUCCUCUCCGGCAGGUGUGGUUCCAGAACCGGCGCGCCAAGGCCCGGCGCCAGAGCGGGAAGCCCUUCCCGGCCGCCUGCAAGCUGCUCCCCGGCCCGGCGGCUCCGGGGGCCGAGGCGAGAGGCCCGCGCGCCCCGCCGCCCGCCGCGCGGCCCGCCCGCUGCCCGCCGCCCCGCGGCCUCCCGGCUCCGGAGCCCCCACCGCCCUUCUCGCGAGACAGCGGUGCCCAGCUGCACUCCUGGGAAGAGCGCAUCGUCUCAGCCUCCGGGAACUUCUGA